AAAAAAAAGUUCGUAAAAUUUAUUCUCACGAAUCUUCCAUCGCAACUUUGUUGUUUUUUGUAGUUAAUCCUCAUAUAUACUAAACCCUUGUAACUUGUAAGAAACCUCGUAAGAAUGGCUGUGGCGACUUUGUAUCGGCGAUCACUUACCUCUCCUCCUGCGAUUGACUUUUCUUCUGCCGAUGGCAAGAAUAUAUUCAAAGAAGCGGUUCAGAAAGGAACUAUGGAAGGAUAUUUCAGUUUAAUUUCUUAUUUCCAGACGCUGUCUGAACCUGCCUUUUCUGGUUUGGCUAGCCUUUCAGUGGUCUUGAAUGCCCUUUCCAUCGAUUCCGACAGAAAAUGGAAAGGUAUACCAUUUUCUCUAGGCAAGUAUGACCCUUUUUGUUCUAUGCUUUUUCUUCCUAUAGGAUCUUGGAGGUGGUUUGAUGAAUCAAUGCUGGAUUGCUGCGAGCCACUUGAGAUAGUAAAAGAAAAAGGGAUUUCGUUUGGUAAACUUGUCUGUUUGGCUCAUUGUUCAGGAGCUAAAGUGGAAGCUUUCCGCACAAGUCAGAGUACCAUUGGUGAUUUCAGGAAAUUCGUAGUGGCAUGCUCAAUUUCUGAGAAAUGCCAUAUGAUCUCGUCAUAUGAUAGAGGAGUGUUUAAGCAGACUGGAUCUGCUCACUUUUCACCUAUAGGUGGCUAUAGUGCCGAAAGAGACAUGGCUCUGAUUCUUGAUGUUACCCGGUUCAAAUAUCCUCCUCACUGGGUUCCUCUUAAACUUCUUUGGGAAGCCAUGGACACCACUGAUCAGUCAACAGGGAAACGUAGAGGGUUCAUGCUCAUUUCUAGACUCCACAAAGACCCAGGAUUGCUUUAUACUCUGAGCUGCAAAGAUGAAAGUUGGAUCAGCAUAGUCAAGUAUUUGAAAGAAGAUGUUCCUCGUCUUGUAAGUUCACAGCAUGUAGAUACUGUUGAUAAAAUCUUAUCAGUUGUGUUCAAGUCCCUUCCGUCCAAUUUCAACACAUUCAUUAAAUGGGUGGCUGAGAUCCGAAGAACAGAGGACGCAAAACCAAAUCUUAGUGCAGAGGAGGAAUCAAGGCAAAAGUUGAAGCGAGAUGAACUGACGCAAGUGCAUGAAACCGAACUGUUCGAGCACGUGAGCAAGUUCUUAACCUCAGUGGGCUACGAAGAAAAUCUAUCAUUCGCAGCUGCUACGGCUUGUUGCCAAGGAGCUAAAGUCUUAUCCGGAUGCUCAUCAAACGAGUACUAUUGUCGCGAAACUUCUGUGAAAUGCAUCAAAGGUCAUGGGCCUUCUGGAGAGGAGGAAGCCACAGUUAUAGCCGGAGUUGUGGUUCGUGACGGUAGUGAACAAGAGGUUGACCUAUUGGUGCCGUCGACUCGACCUGUCUCGAAAGGAAGUGAAUAUUAUAAUCCAGAGCCAAAGUAUCCAUCAGGCAGCGAUGCAUUCACGGCGCUUCUGAUGGCUUUACCUCCACAGACAUGGUUUGGAAUCAAAGACCAAGCUCUUCAAACCAAAAUGAAGAAGCUGGUCUCCGUUGGCACCUUCUCGACUAUGCAUCACGAAGAGGUAUCUCAUCUUAGGAGACAACUUAUAAUGCUAAAGCGAUGCCAAGAGAACAAGGAAGAGGAAGACCUCACCGCUCCUCUCUCUUAAUUCAAUCUAAUUCCAAUUUCUCAAAACUCUAUAUUUGCAAAGAACAAUGUGGAAGUACGUAACAUAUGCAAUUCUAUAUACUAUGUAAGCUAUUAACCAUAUAGAUCACUCGAGAACGUCAAAAUCAGAGGAAACGAUGUUUGCAUAAAAUCUUGCAAAUAAUUCAUUUAUGACAUCCGAGUACUAUAAUUCAUGUCAUAUGCACAACAUUGCCGUUUGCUACUCAACUAUCCGGAUGCGAAAUACGCAAAUAAGAACAUGUAAAACAAGUUCCAAAGAACACACGAAAAGUCUCUUUUAUACAUAGUUCAACCAUCAUUGUUUGGUUCCACAAAAACUUAUAAACCGAUGUAUAAUAUACAAAGACUGAAAAAAGGGUUCAACCUUGAAAACCUAAGCAAGAGAAAUAUUUCAUGAAAUAACAACACACAACCUCUCUCAGAGAAGCCUUGUUUUCUCCAAUCUAUAGGUGGAAGGGACCUACCUGCUUUGAUGGUUGUUUCCAAGGCUGUUACCGGCUAA